AUGGUGAUUCAUAACGCAGUGGAUGAAGAUCACAAUGAUGAAAUAGAACCAUUUAUCAAGCAGUUAACCAUAACUAUGGCUGGUAUAAACAUUGUUUUGUCAUCUGAAAAUGUACUCUUCACAUCACAAUAUCACCAGAGGUUCCUCAUUGGACAUUCUUCACUAGCAGCUCCUGAAGAGGAUCUAGCUAUAUAUACCAACUAUGUUGAUCAAGUCUAUAUUUUAAAACUCAAUGGAUCAAAUAUAGUAAGAACAAGUUAUGCCUUGAAAGCUGACAUUGGAAGUAUUGUUACCCAGCUGGAACAUACUGAAUGUAUGUAUCAUGAGUUUGAAGAGGGUCCCCAAUAUGAAGUUUAUUAUAUGGAUCUGAGAGAUUCUGCAGUCAUCUGGGCUCAGCUUGUAUUCCCGGCCAACAGGUAUAAUGAUAUUCAGACGGUGAUCAACCGCCCAAACAAACUUAUCAUUCAGGAACAAACGAUGAACGAUUUUAACCCAGGGAGUAAAUUGAUUAAGAAGAUUCUCAGUUUACACAGCAAUUUCGUGUUUAAAGAGGGUAGAGGAUAUGAGGAAGCUUUGGAAGCAGCUACAGGACUAGUUACCAUAGAGAUGAAACCUAAACGAUAUGGUAUAGGAUGUCGCUCUCCUUUCAAUAUGGUAUCUGAGCUUGAGAUAGCGUGUCCUCCUCAUCGACACAUCAGAGUUCACAAACCUGAGGAAUGUGAAGAAUACGGUUCAUAUGUCAUAAACAAGAAAUCCUUUGCUCAAGUGAAUGAUGAACAAGCUGCAUCUGAGAUGGUUGUUCAAUAUGACAAGCAAUUAUAUGGAUGUCCGUUUAUUCAGACUGCUAGGGAUGUAUUCAAACCAGAAAUUGAUUUAUAUGAUGAAGACACGUUUGUAGAGACAAUGACAGCUGGUUUUGUGAUGUGGGAAGACAAUGGCCGACAUGACUUUACCUACACAGCAUCCAUGAGUUUGGCUGGAUGUCUCCGAUUGGCACAGACAUGGGAUAAGAUGAAAGAAGGCGUAGCUGAUGGUGUUCCAGUUAAAAACAUAUGGGGUCCUCAUAAUUAUGAGAAUUGCUUCAUUUACGAGGUAACGGAGAUGGCGUUGCUCCAAGAACCGUAUCAGAUCUUGAACCAGUCAGGAAAUAAUAGUAUCAGAUGGCUUGCCACUGGCUAUAAUCAGCUUUAUCUCUUUUCUCUACACGUUGUAGAUCCUUAUUACAGUUAUUGCAGUUUGGAAGCGCGGGUAGCUGUGAUUGUAUCUGAUCAAACUAUUGUCGGAGUCAGAGAGACACCACUCCUACGCAUCUCACUCGGUACAUUCGCAGCGUUGACUGUGUGCAUCCUCUUUGCUACAUACUUCCUGUACAGACGUGGUCACAUACACGAGUUAGCACUUGAUUUACACCAUAAUUAUGGAGAAAAAACGGAGGAAGACAAUGAACAAGAAGCUGCAGAAGAAACAACAAAUGAUUGA